CUUGUUGUUACCUCAACAGUUGGCGGUAAGGUGGGCAAGGCAAGCUGACAACGAAUGUUAUUGGUGCUGCGUUGAGCUCGUGAACAGUCAUGAGUGAGUUUAGAAUACACCAUGACGUGAAUGAGCUCCUGAGUCUCCUGCAUGUUCGAGGAGGGGAUGGAGCCGAAGUUUACAUCGAUUUACUGCAGAAGAAUAGGACUCCCUACGUCACCACCACCGUCUCAGCACACAGUGCCAAGGUUAAGAUAGCGGAGUAUUCCAAAACACCAGAAGAUUUUCUGAAGAAAUAUGAGGAACUCAAGUCAAAGAAUGUGCGGAACCUUGAUCCACUUGUUUACCUUCUGUCAAAGCUCACGGAAGACAAAGAGACGUUGCAGUACUUGCAACAAAAUGCCAAGGAAAGGACAGAGAUGUCAGCGAACGCCUCAGCGGCGACCAGCUCAACGUUCACUAUCCCUCAGACCAGCACAAAGAUGUCCAUGCAGGAGUUGGAGGAACUGCGCAAGAAGCUGGGCAAUGUCACUGCCAGCUCUAACGUACCACAGUCUGCAGAGGUAACUCGGAAAAUGCUAAGGGACAAACACAACAAGAAGAAUCCCACUCAGCCCAUCCCCGUGUUUCCUAAUUGGGUGUACGACAGGCCUGCCCUCAUUGGGGAUUUCAUCACUGGCACCACGCCUGUUGGAGACCAAGCACCACCCAUUGGUACGAUUCCACUCACUGCCCAAGAGCAAGCGUUGGUGGAGGACCUGCUCUUCGUUCUGAUUGGCGUGGACGGGCGUGACAUCACUGCGCAGCCUGUGCUGGGCAGGCAGAGCCGCUCCUUCAUCGUGGAUACCUCUUUGGACAUGUCAAUCAAAGAGCUGGUAAACCGCAUCCUACCGGUUGCCUCCUGCUACUCGACCAUCACACGCUUCACGGAGGAGCGUUCGUCGUUUGAGUACGGCCAGGUGAACCACGCACUGACGGCGGCCAUGCGGAUGCUGAUGAAGGAGUACCUGAUCCUGGUGACGCAGCUGGAGCACCUCCACCGGCAGGGCCUGCUCUCGCUGCAGAAGCUCUGGUUCUACAUCCAGCCCACCAUGCGCACCAUGGAGAUCCUCGCCUCCAUCGCGACGUCAGUGGAGAAGGGGGAUUGCAUGGGCGGCUCGACGCUGAGUCUCCUCCAUGACCGCACGUUUAACUACACGGGGGACAGCCAGGCGCAGGAGCUCUGUCUGUACCUCACUAAAGCGGCCAGCGUGCCCUACUUUGAGAUCCUGGAGAAGUGGGUCUACCGGGGCAUCAUCAAAGAUCCUUACAGUGAGUUCAUGGUGGAGGAGCAUGAGCUUCAGAAAGAGAAGAUUCAGGAGGACUAUAAUGACAAAUACUGGGACCAACGCUACACUAUAAUCCAGCAUCGAAUCCCUUCUUUCCUGCAAAAGAUGGCUGACAAGAUACUCAGUACAGGCAAGUAUCUGAAUGUAGUCCGAGAGUGUGGCCGAGACGUCACGUGUCCAGACGCCAAAGAGGUCCUCUACACCCUGAAGGAGCGGGCAUACGUGGAACAGAUUGAAAAGGCGUACAACUACGCCAGCAAGGUGCUGCUGGACUUCCUCUUGGAGGAGAAGGAGCUUGUGUCGCGCUUGAGGUCCAUAAAACACUACUUCCUGAUGGACAAAGGCGAUUUCUUCGUCCACUUCAUGGACCUGACUGAAGAGGAGCUGAAGAAGCCUGUUGAUGACAUCAUCCCUCCUCGGCUGGAAGCUCUUUUGGAGUUAGCCCUCCGCAUGAGCACCGCAAACACGGAUCCGUUCAAAGAUGACCUAAAGAUCGACCUGAUGCAGCAUGACGUGAUCACUCAGCUGCUCCGCGUGCUGGCCAUCGAGACCAAGCAGGAGAAGGCCCUCAUCAACGCCGACCCCACCGAGGUGUCCCUGUCCGGCCUCGAGGCCUUCUCCUUCGACUACAUCGUCAAGUGGCCUCUCUCGCUCAUCAUCAACAGGAAAGCACUGACGCGCUACCAGAUGCUGUUCAGACACAUAUUUUACUGUAAGCACGUGGAGCGGCUGCUCUGCAACGUCUGGAUCAGCAACAAGAUGGCCAAGCAGUUCUCCCUGCACUCGGCCAAAUGGUUUUCCACUGCGUUUGCUCUCAGGCAGCGCAUGCUCAACUUUGUGCAGAACAUCCAGUACUACAUGAUGUUCGAGGUCAUGGAGCCCACCUGGCACAUCAUGGAGAACAACCUCAAAUCAGCAUCAAACAUUGAUGAUGUCCUAUGCCACCACACUAGUUUCCUAGACAACUGUCUGAAGGACUGCAUGCUGACCAACCCGGAGCUGCUGAAGAUCUUCUCCAAGCUCAUGUCUGUGUGCGUCAUGUUCACAAACUGUAUGCAGACGUUCACCCUCAGCAUGCGUCUGGAUGGAGAGAUGAACCGCCUGAGUAGAGAAGCUCCGUCUACCCAGAGUGAGCGUGCUGAGGAGGCAGAGAAGAAGAAGCAGGCCUCUAAGUUUGUGGCGGAGCACAUGGAGGCGCUGCAGUCGGACGCGGGCUUCGAGGCGACCAUCGGCAAGUUCGACAGCAACUUCAGCACCAUGCUCCUGGACCUGCUGGACAAGCUGAGCAUCUACAGCACCAACGACUGCGAGCACAGCAUGAUCAACAUCAUCUACCGGUUGGAUUUCAACGGCUUCUACACCGAGCGCUUGGAGAAGAUGGCUAUCGAGCGGAGUCAGAAAGCCGCUGCGUGACGUCACCCUGUUGUCUUAAAAUGACAAACAUCUGCAUCUGCAUCAUAGCCAGGUGUCGGCCUCGUUGUAGCACUUCGACUUUCUUUAUUUCAUCCCUCUACAGAAUGCCUGUAAAGAGCAGCAGUCGCUCUCCAUUUUGUUCCGAAACUGUGUGAACCUUUGUCUAAUCGAUGAAGUGACUUGACUGUUGAUGGUUCUGAUGAUGUUCUGGACUGGAGUGGACUGCAAAGCACUGAUGUUAUGCUUUUGUUACAAACAUAACAAAACUCCUAUUUAAACUUGUCUUACAAAAAAAAAAAAAAAAAAAAAACAAUAACAUUGAGAGUGAAUGCACUCGUUUGAAUUCCUUGAAAGUGUAUUAUGUAACUGUUGUUUAUAAACGCCCCUUGCUUCUUUCCUCAACCUGGCCCCUUAAUAAAGACUUAUGA